AUGGCUUCUUUCUUUCUAUUAGCGCUAUUUACAGUGCUAGCCUCUGGUCUCGCAGGGGCACAAUACCCCCUCAAAAGUGAUGCAACCCUUUCCGACGCUCAUACUCGGUCGUAUUUCUACGCCGGCGGACAGUAUACCCUCAACGACGAUGGAGAAUACAUCUUCACCAACCAGAUAUACGUGGAGAAGCUCACACCAGAGAAAGUGACGAAGCCGUAUCCGAUUGUUUUCAUCCAUGGACAGGCGCAGACAGCUACAAACUGGCUAAACAAACCCGACGGCCAACCAGGCUGGGCUUCAUAUUUCCUCAAACAAGGCUAUGAAUGCUAUCUCUUUGACCAGACAUUCCGGGGCCGCAGUCCCUGGCAGUCGUUUAACGGGGAGUUGCAGACGUACUCGACCAAACAUAUCCAGCAAUUCUUCACAGCGACGGAGAAGUACAAUCUCUGGCCUCAGGCGUCGCUGCAUACACAGUGGCCGGGGUCGGGCGUGAUGAAUGAUACCAUCUUCGAUGCGUACUAUGCGUCGACAGUCCCGUUUGUGGAUUCGGCUACGGCGCAGGAAGCUGGUGUGCAGAAAGCAGGGGCUGCGUUGUUGGAUAUUAUCAAGAAACCGGUGAUUAUCGUCGGCCACUCGCAGGGAGGUGUCAUGACGUGGUUACUGGCGGAUCAACGACCGGAAUAUGUGCAUUCGAUUGUUGUGAUUGAACCUCAGGGACCCCCGUUUCAGAAUGUCGGUGCAUGGAAUGGGACGGCGAGGGUUUAUGGGCUGGCAGAUAUCCCGGUUGCCUAUUCACCGCAUUUAUCAGACCCCAGUGAUUUCGUGAAGAAGACCAUUUCGUCCAACACGACUGAGAUAGCAGAAUGUGUUAUCCAAGCCGACGAUCCUCCUCCCCGGCAGUUGGCGAAUAUCAGCAAGAUCCCGGUGUUGCUAGUGACUACAGAGUCGUCCUAUCACGCACAGUAUGACUGGUGUACCGUCAAGUUCUUACGGCAAGCCGGAGUGAAGACAGAGCAUCUCGAGCUGAAGAAUAUCGGCAUUCAUGGAAACGGACACAUGGUGUUUCUGGAGAAGAACAGCGAUGUCGUGGCGGCUGCUAUCCAGAAGAGAAUGGAGGCUUUAUAA